AACGCGAGUGAAAAAUAUCCAACCGGUUUAAAAAUUUGACAAACAAUGUGUCUUAAUUGAUCAAUGCGGAAGUAAACAAACCAACACCAUGUAGACAUAAAAACGGAUUUUUACAUUUAGUUCCACGAUUUCGGCAACAAAAAUGAGCUGGAAUCCAUUUAGUCGCCACACUGGGUCAAAGAAGAGUCUCGGUGUGUCUCGUCAUGCAGAGAGAGAACUUGAAAGGGAUGUCAAAAAAUUAGAAGAAUUAGAAGAGGCGUCGAAGAAAUUGUACAAAGACGGCAGACGAUUCACUGAGGCUAAUACUGCCCUUGGUAAGGCUGAACAGAAGAUUGUACAGGGUCUGAUGGGCAGUGGGCUGUGCCAGUGUGACGAGAGCUUUCAGGCCGACAUGGUGACCUGGGAAUCUCAACUGGAAGAGUUACAGAGACAUCGACAGGACAUGAACUCAAAUAUUCAGAAAACGUUCGUCGAUCCAAUGAAAAAAUUUAGCUCCGUUUUCCCGGCAGUUCAAUCGGCAGUAAAGAAGCGCGACCAGAGUCUCCAGGAGUACAAUAAGAUCAAGUCAAAGUUCAGCAAAUACCAAGAGAAGGAAAGAACCGGACAAAACAUCGUCAAACUUGACUCAAAUCGCAAAGCCCUGGAUAUAGCUCAAAAGGAAUUCGACACUCAGGACAACGCUGUGCGUCAAGAUGUCGCGAAGCUCUAUGAAGGCCGUACCGAGUAUUUCCGGCCCUCAUUCGGCGCCCUGGUUCGAUCUCAGCUCACAUACAACACCGAGGCAUUCAAAAUGUACUCGGCAGUUGCCUCGGAACUUUUCCGCAAUUCGAAAUGCAGCGAAAAUGAGCGCAAAGACAGAAUGAAACAAACGUUAGCGGACAUGAAAGCCUUGUCUAUAACUAAGGAUGACUGAACGUUGCCAUUGUUAGAUAACCUUUUUUUUUAAAUAUUUGUUCAGAUAUAAACAAUUAUAUAUAUUUUUAAACUUUUA